GGCCUUCUCGACGCUCCCACACCGCGCCCGCGCCGGCUCAUGAUGCGCGCCACCACGGGGUUCCCUGCGGCGAUUGCUGCCAGUAAUCGCGCCCCGGGCUGCCAGAUGGCGUGUGGGGACGUGGUGGCAGUCGGCAGCGACGGAAGGGGGAUGGGAUGUGAGAGCUUCGAUGCGCCGAUAAUGGACCGGCAUGGGGGCACGAGAUGCGUCCUGGAAGCACGCUACUGCCUGGACGCCCUCGUCACCGCACCCAGCAGGAUGAGGAAGGCGAGUGAGCCUGGAAGUGCACUACUGGACAGGCCGCACACGCCGCGAACUCCAGAGACUCUCCAGGGCGCCCACUGCAGGUACCGUGGUCAGCGGAGCCGGAUCGCAGCAUCGCAAAAGCAACGGCAUCCAAUGAACGCUCCACCACGCAUGGCGUUGGCCACACCACAGCGGGCGGGGGAGGCAGGAUCGCGGUUGGCAGCUCCGGCUGAGCUUGGGACACACAAACAUGUGGUCGUGAAGGUCUUGAAGUGAAACAUGACGCUCGACAAUCUCCAGGGAGCACGCUCCGACCAUCUGUCUCGAGAUAGAUGAUGCUAGGGUGGGCACACUCAGAUUCAGGAACUUCUGACAGCCAGCUAGGAGCAAGGAAACAGACGGGCGGGUCUUGGAGGUAGACUGUAGAUUAUUUGUACAGAGAAGACCGACCCACACACCAUCACAUCCAUGAAUUGCGCCCGACCUUGAGGUGUGUGGUCGUGGAUGAUGCACGUGACACCCGGCACGUGAUGAGGAUUGGUUAUGGGAGGCUAUUUAUUACAUAACGUAAUCCACAAGUUAGUGGCCCGCACAAGCUAGUGGCCCACCCAACCACGCUACCGAGGCCAAAUAUUCCG